GAAAUCAACUGACAAAAGGCAGAUUCAUAGGAGAAAAGACAUACACAUUUAUUUAAUCAUAGUUUUACAUGACAGAGGAGCCUUUAGAUGAGGAUCCAAAGAUACAGGAAAAACUUCCCAAUUUUAUGCUUAGGUUCAAAGACAUUUGGACAGCCAUGUAGAAAUAAGACUGAACACGAAGGGCAUGAUCAAAUGCUGAUGGACUGAGUGAAGAAGCCCAGCAAGACCCAUCUGUGAGGUUCUUUGUGGCCUCUCUGAGCAGUGUUCCUUUUUUCUUGGUAAGGAGUAAGACCUGUCUGGAAUGGAGGUCUUAUGAUCUACAAUCCAGUAACGUGGCCUUUUGCCCCACCCCCAGCAUACAAUGAUGGAAAUAGCCAAUGUGAGUUCUCCAGAAGUCUUUGUCCUCCUGGGCUUCUCUGCACGACCCUCACUAGAAGCUGUCCUCUUCAUAGUUGUCUUGGGUUUUUACGUGGUCUCAAUCUUGGGCAAUGGCAUCAUCAUUCUGGUCUCCCCUAUGAAUGUGCACCUCCACACGCCUAUGUACUUCUUUCUUGCCAACCUCUCCUUCCUGGACAUCAGUUUCACCACGAGCAUUGACCCACAGCUUCUGGCCAACCUCUGGGGACCACAAAAAACCAUAAGCUAUGGAGGGUGUGUGGUCCAGUUCUGUAUCUCCCAUUGGCUGGGGGCAACCGAGUGUGUCCUGCUGGCCACCAUGUCCUAUGACCACUACGCUGCCAUCUGCAGGCCACUCCAUUACAUUGUCAUUAUGCAUCCACAGCUUUGCCUUGGGCUAGCUUUGGCCUCCUGGCUGGGAGGUCUGACCACCAGCAUGGUGGGCUCCACUCUCACCAUGCUCCUACCACUGUGUGGGAACAAUCGCAUCGACCACUUCUUUUGUGAGAUGCCCCUCAUUAUGCAACUGGCUUGUGUGGAUAUCAGCCUCAAUGAGAUGGAGAUGUACCUGGCCAGCUUUGUCUUUGUUGUCCUCCCUCUGGGGCUCAUCCUGGUCUCUUACGGCCAUAUUGCCCGGGCUGUGUUGAAGAUCAGGUCAGCAGAAGGGCGGAGAAAGGCACUCAACACCUGUUCUUCCCACGUGGCCGUGGUGUCUCUGUUUUAUGGGAGCAUCAUCUUAAUGUAUCUCCAGCCAGCCAAGAGCACCUCCCAUGAGCAGGGCAAGUUCAUAGCUCUCUUCUACACCGUAGUCACUCCUGCACUGAACCCAUUUAUUCACACCCUGAGGAACACAGAGGUGAAGAGCGCCCUCCGACAUACUGUGUUAGAGAACUGCUGUGGCUCUGCAGGCAAGCGGGCCCAAAUUUAG